CCACAAACACCAUGCAUGCCAUCACAAAAUAGAAGCUUCUCUUAUUAGUUAUAAGAGUUGUAUAGAUAGCAUUUAGCAUAAUUAACAUGGCUGCCAUUUCGCUUAGGCACAACACACAAGUGAACAACAAUGCUCAACUCCAACGUGAUGUCAUCACUGAGGAAAUCGAAGGACUCAUAAGAGUUCGAAGAGAUGGGAGAGUGGAAAGGCCACCAAUUGUGCCUAAUGUCUCCCCUGCAGUGACACCAGAACGCGGUGUCACUGCUAGAGACAUUAUGAUCCACAAAGAGACCCAUUUAUGGGCACGAAUUUACCUGCCCUUACAAAGUUAUCAAUGCAACAAUAAGCUUCCUUUGCUUGUUUACUUCCAUGGUGGAGGAUUCUGUGUUGGUUCGGCAGCUUGGUCUUGUUACCAUGAGUUCUUGAUCAAUCUUGCUGCCAAAGCAAACUGUGUCAUUGUGUCCAUAGACUACAAACUGGCACCGGAGAAUCGCCUUCCGGCCGCAUACGAUGAUGGAACCAGUGUUCUCAAUUGGGUGAAAAGAGAAGCACUCAAUCCCUCUAGUGUGCAAAAUUGGUGGCUGAGCCAUUGCAACAUAAAUUCCAUGUUCCUAGGUGGUGAUAGUGCAGGAGCUAACAUAGCUUUCAAUGUGGCGACAAGAAUGGGACCAUCAAGCACCAAUAUGUCUCUAAAGGGUGUCAUAUUGAUCCAACCUUUCUUUGGAGGAGAGGAAAGAACAUUGUCCGAGAAGAAUUCUCAUCAGCAGCCGCCGAAUUCGGCGCUAACUUUGCCGGUUUCUGACACUUAUUGGCGCCUAGCACUUCCUAUUGGAUCCAGCCGUGACCAUCCAUAUUGCAACCCUCUUGCAAAUGGCACAACCAGAUUGAGGGAGCUGAGGCUUCCUUCAAUUAUGGUAUGUGUCUCAGAAUUGGAUAUACUCAGAGACAGAAACUUGGAGUUUUCAACUACUUUGGCAAGAGCAGGGAAAAGGGUUGAAACAGUUAUGUACAAAGGUGUAGGCCAUGCAUUCCAAGUGCUUCAUAACUAUCAGCUUUCACAUUCUCGGACACAAGAGAUGAUAUCUCAUAUCAGAGCAUUCCUGAUUAACCAAUAACUCUGCACUGCAUGAAUUGAUGAAGCUUCUUCUGCAUGUUUUAGUUGUAUGUCAACAAAUUUAUACUGAUACUGUUAAACAUGUUAGAAUGCUAGUUCUGAUAUAAUAUAUUUGUCACUAAACUUUUAACAAAUAUAGAUGAUAGGAGUCUGGGAAUUUUCAAAAUUGAUCUAGUGUUAUUAUUAUUAUAUUAUGAUGAUUUGUGAAAUAGGAGUCUUAUUUAUAUUGAUAAA